CAAACACUGCCUGCAACAUGGAGUGAUGCUUUACCGGACCAAUAAUUGCUAGAUAAAACAAUUAUUGAUUUAGUCUACCACCAGGAAAACUAUUUGAAAUCCCCAAAUUUUGUAGAUCACAUGCUAAUAAGUACAGGAUGCUGUUUGGUCCAGUGUUGACUGCCCUUUUCCUAUGUGGAUUGUUUGCACACACCAGCUGCGACUCCUGCAGGUACAUGACUUUACCAUUUAAAGGUGUGAGGGUGGACUGUAGCUCGCAGGGCUUGAGAUCCAUCCCUCAACUUCCUACAAACAUCACAGAACUGCUGCUGCAACACAACCAGCUGAUCAGCAUCACUCCAGGACACUUCGACAAGCUCCACAACCUGCGGCUGCUCGACUUAUCUGGCAAUCCUUUCAACUGUGACUGCAGUAUCCAGUACUUAACAUACUGGCUGAAGAGAAAUAAAGCGAUUUCCGUGAUGCCUGUGUGUGCUAGUCCUGCAGAACUCGCUCGUAGGUCCAUUGAUGGGCUCAAUGAUGCCGAUUUCUUCACCUGUGUGUCUGAUAACUGCUCUGGAAGGAUGUAUAAUGCAGUGUUAUGUUUCAUGCUUUGCUUCCUCAUUGGUUUGCUGCUGUGGUGCCUGAAACUAGCCAGAAACUCGAUGUUCACUCUGGGAAUUGAUGAGAGACACUCUGGAUUUGAAGCUGAAUCUCUUCGGUCUCUCAAACCCAAACACAGAGCGAAGGCCAGACGCAGUAUUGUGUCAUUGAUGACAGGAAGUGAGGACAUAGACAAACCAUUACUUAACAUGGACAUUCUGCCUCAGAUACUGGACGUCCUGCACAAGCAACACAACAUCAAGAUUAAAGUACCAUGAAGGACUAAACCACAUUCUGGGCUUGCUUUCUUCACCUGUGUGUAAAUCAUAUACUUUAUCAAAAUGUGGCCAUAUUCCAAUUAUGUAAAUGCAUUUACCUGAUUGCCAUAACCAGAUUAAGCCAAUAUUCUGGUUUCUAGAAAUCUGAAUAAGAUUCUGAAUAAGCUCACGCGUGCCUUUAUAAAUCAGAGUUGUUGGUGUCGACAUCUUAUUCAGAAUUUUUACUAUGAAAAUGCAUUAUAUAUAUAUAUAUAUAUAUAUAUAUAUAUAUAUAUAGACGACA